UGCUUCUUCUUGAAGAUGGGUACGGAACACACAUGCAUGCAACCAGUAUAAUAUGUGAACUUGGUGCAUCAUGCAUGCUCUAUUUCUGUUGUGAUUGCUUUUCUGAUUAAAGAAAAUCAAGAAACUUGGUUUUGGUUUUUGUUUUUUCGUCUCGGGGUUGCGAAGAUGGAAAAAAAUCUUCCUCCAGGGUUUAGGUUUCAUCCAACUGAUGAAGAACUCAUAACUUACUAUCUAAAUCACAAGGUUUCUGAUUUUAGUUUUGCCGCGAGAGCUAUUGUUGAUGUUGAUCUCAAUAAGUGUGAACCAUGGGACCUCCCAGCAAAAGCAUCUAUGGGAGAGAAGGAAUGGUACUUUUUUAGCUUGAGAGACCGAAAAUAUCCGACUGGCCUUAGAACCAACAGAGCUACAGAAGCAGGCUACUGGAAAACAACCGGCAAGGACAAGGAGAUCUUCCAUGGCGGCGCCUUGGUUGGAAUGAAGAAAACCUUAGUUUUUUACAAAGGUAGAGCUCCCAAAGGUGAAAAAUCCAACUGGGUUAUGCAUGAAUACAGGCUAGAAAGCAAGCUUUCUUUCAAGUCGACAAAGGAUGAAUGGGUGGUCUGUAGGGUCUUCCAAAAGAGCUCAUCAGCAAUGAAGAGACCACAACAAACAGCAUCCUCACAACCAUCUCCUGACUCUCCUUGUGACACUACCACAAUGCCAAAUGAAUUUGGAGAUUUUGAACUUCCCAAUUUGAACUCAUCAAGCACAAUAAGCAACAUGUCGCUGCAAAACUACAACGGCGAAAACAAUGGCAACAUGAACAUGAACUUGAACAUGAAUUGGCCAGCAACAAGAGAAGCCCCAAACCCUAAUUUUCCUUCACUCUCAUGGCCCUCUAGCUUUCUAGGCUCAUCAAAUCUCUCAAUGAAUGCUUUGCUUCUUAGGGCAUUUCAACUUAGGAGUUAUCAACAAUCAACAAGAGAAGCUAUAAAUAGUGAGCCCUCUUUUGUGCCACAACUACAAGGAAUGGCUCAGUUUGGAAAUGAUCUUAGUUCAAAUUUCUCGGCUUCUUCAUCUAGGGUUUUAGAUUCAGCGCCGCAACAGUCUCAAGAGCAACCAUUCAAUUUGGACUCUGUUUGGUGAAGCUUUUUAUCUAAAGAGUGAGAAAUUAACUAACUGCUUGUAAACUUGUUUUCUCGCAAUUUAUCUUUCAAUUGGGUAAAAAGAAAUUGAAAAAAAAAAUGACUUGUUGAAACCUCUUGCAUUGUAACAUUUGGUAAUGGGGCAAAGCUCAUACCACUACUUGUAAGUUCAAAUGUGUAAUAAAUGUAAGUUGGCGUAAUUAGAUGC